AUGGAUACAGCGGGCUCAUAUCAGUCACAAGGCCCCGCACCCACCAACAGUCCCCUUCGUCAGCUAUCCUCAGAGCAAAUGAAUCAGCGCAUCCCGCAAUCGCCUUCCUUGCCCAACUUCAACGACGAGAAUGUACGAGCAAGCUUCCACCGUUCUAGAGAGUCGAUCUCUUCCGAUGUACAAUCCAAAGUCGCUUUUCUCAAUAACCUGAGCACCCCAUCCUCUCCAACCAAAAACUUCCGGGGAUUCGGCCACACACCAACCAAUGGCGCCUUGCAACGUGCUCUGCUCGGCUUCGAGGAGUCACAAGCCAGUUUGGCUAGUGCGGAAGCAGAAAUCGAGAAACUGAAAGAGCAGGUCAAGUCGGGAAAACAUCGCGAGAGAAUGGUCUCGGAACGGAUAGAGUCGUUGAUGGACCAACUUCAGACUGAGCGCGAGUCGCGCAGCAACGACAAGAAAUUCUAUGUCGCUGAAGUCAAAAAGUGCAGGAAGCAAACUUACCAGGCUGAACUGAACCAGCUGGAAACGCAAGAGAAGCUCAAGGAGGCCAGACAGGAACUGAAGCGUGCACAUGCAGAGGUUGCGGCGGAGAGAACUAAGAAAGAGGAAGCGCGUCAAGAAGCCUUCGAGCGUGCGUAUGCUGUGUCCGGACUCACGGAAGAAAUCGAAACCCUAAAGACCACUCUGACCGCGCUAGAGAAAGAGCGCGACGCUGCUGUCCUUGAGUUGAAGACGGCGCCAGUCCGAGAGCCCACGCCUGGUACAGCGGAGGAGAAGCUCGUUCCGAUUUCUUUCUCUCCUGUCACAGAUCCGGCCGCUGAUAACAACAACUCACCGACGACACCUCGUCCUCUGAAGCGGUCUCAUGCUCAGACGCGGCAUUCCCAGCGCGCUGAUGCAACGUCGCCGACUCUAUCGCUACACCAAUGCUGUAAGACUCGCUCAGACGUCCUGGAGCCUUUCUGGACCGAUUUCGUGGAACGUGACCGUAUGCUCAAGGAGUACGGCGAUGAAGUCUAUACCUUCGAAGAUCAUAUCAAUUCCCUCUAUUCGGAAGUCGAAGGAACACGCGAAAUCGUAGAGCGUCAGCAAGGACAGAUCGACUUCUUGAAGAUGGAGUGCCAGGCUGGAUGCUGCGCAUGCAAACGUGCUGAGAAAAGAGGAGAGCGCUAUAUCUUCGACACCGAGUUUGAGCGCAUCCGCGACCAGCGUGCCGCGAAGAAGAGAAAGGUUCAGGAGACUCCUGCCGCUCAGCAACUUUACGCAAAAACGACUCAACCCACACCAGCCCAGGCAGAUGCACAACAGACUGUCGCAAGCGAGCCUGAAAUGUCAGUAGUUGAGGAGGCAGUGCAGGUUCCUCUACCAUCACCAACCGACCAAGAGUUCGCCUCUGGAAACCCUUCUCCCGAACCGACGGCUGUCCUGGAGGAUAUGACUCAGGUGAUGGUUGAACCAGGCAAGGCUACUACUUGUUUCACUUUCUCAACGUCGACAUCGGCUCAUGUUGACAGCCGAAUGGAAACCCCUCUUCCUGUUCACGCCCGGAGUGCCAUCGAGAGCAGCGAGGUCGACUUGUUCGAUGUCACGCAGCCCAGACACCACCCUCCCCGUCCUUCGACCGCCAUGGGUAUUCUCACCAUAACUUCUCCAGAGCGAUCUCCGAUCCGCAUGGUUCCGGAUUCACCACAACCGAGUACCCUCCCUUCACGCUCUGCGACUGCUCUCGACGAACACCCCGCGUACUCCUCACACACGACCCGCAUUGCCCUGAAAGAUUCCCCAGAGAGCGGUCACCGUCGUGCACAAUCGAGGCCCAACAUUCGUUCCCAUUCGCAAACUCGCUCCCCUCUCACAAAAUCCGAGACCGUACGGAACUUUGACAAGUCUACCUCCGCGUCCCCAGCCGCAAGCACCGUCUUCCCCAUGACUCCUAUGCUCAAAAAUCAGCGGGCUCUUGCACAGCAGACCGUCACAACGACUACAACCGUGCCACUCCGUGACGUGGACGACGACAGCAACUCCCUCGGCCAUCGAACGCCUGCAUCGCUCCGUGGACACUCUCAAUCACACACGCAACCCAUCCACAUCCCUCUUCAAUCGGAGCCUGCUCCUGACACACAACUCCUCAAGGGUAUUACUGGCACGCCUGUCUCUCGGGAUGCUGCGCUCGCUCAGAUCCGUGCCCGCCGCGACCGCGCCCGGAGCAUGAACAUGAAGAAGAUGGACGCCGGGUCGAAAACACCAGGCAGCGCGCGCAGAGGCAUCAACUUGCGAGAUGGCAUGACGAGAGAAAACCGUGACGUAAGCGUGGCCAGUGUGCAGACCGCCCCAGGCAGGUUCUAG